AAAAGGGAGAGGGGGAGAAAAAGUGAAAGGUGGGGGGCUGCCCCGCCCCCAUUGAUCGCAACUUGCAAAAAAAACCCUAUACACACCUGAGUGGCUUUUUUUUUGUAAGCCCCCCUCCCCCUAUAUCACCCACCCACUCUCCUUCCCUUUCUCUCUAAUCAGUCCCUGGGGGGAGGGGCCCUUGAGCCUCCCGGGGGCGAAGCCAUCUCUGCCGGGCGCGGAGGCUACGCGAGGCCGAGGAUUUUGCGGCCUGCACCCCUCUCGGUCUCCACUAAGAAGGCGCCGCCGCAGCUGCUGCCCCCCCUCCCUGCGGUCCCUCCCUCCCCAUCUUCUCCUUGUCGCCAAAAGGCCCCGCGGGUAGGAGUGGAGCCCAGCCGAGCCACCACAGAUAUGAUGGAAGAAUUGCAUAGCCUGGAUCCGCGGCGACAAGAACUACUGGAGGCCAGGUUCACCGGAGCAGGUGUUGCAAAGGGUCCAUUAAACAGUGAAUCUUCCAAUCAGAGUUUGUGCAGUGUGGGCUCUCUAAGUGACAAGGAGUUGGAGACUCCGGAAAAAAAACAGAAUGACCAGCGCAACAGGAAGAGGAAAGCGGAACCCUUUGAGACCACUCAAGGCAAAGUCACUCCAAGGGGACAUAAAAUUAGUGAUUAUUUUGAGUUUGCUGGGGGAAGUGGUCCAGGAACAAGCCCUGGAAGAAGUGUGCCACCUGUUGCACGUUCCUCACCGCAGCAUUCCUUAUCAAAUCCCUUACCUCGGCGAAUGGAGCAGCCGCUUUACGGGGUAGACGGCAACACAGCCAAGGAACUGCAGGAGGAGCACUCUGCUCUGCCAACGCUGGUGUCGGCGAUGCUGGCGAAACAGCGACUAGAGGGCGAGCAGCUGGCCCAGAGGGGUGCAAGCCUCUGUUUUCCGUUUACUCCGGCCCAACAAGGCAGUCCUUCUUCAACAGGUUCAGGUAACACAGAGCAUUCCUGUGCCUCCCAGAAGCAGAUCUCCGUCCAGCAUAAACAGACGCAGUCUGAUCUCACAAUGGAAAAAAUAUCUGCACUAGAAAACAGUAAGAACUCUGAUCUGGAGAAGAAAGAAGGGAGGAUAGAUGACUUAUUAAGAGCAAACUGUGACUUGCGGCGACAGAUAGACGAACAACAGAAAAUGCUUGAGAAAUACAAAGAACGGUUGAAUAGAUGUGUGACAAUGAGCAAGAAGCUUCUUAUAGAAAAGUCAAAACAAGAGAAGAUGGCAUGUCGAGAUAAAAGCAUGCAAGAUCGGUUGCGGCUAGGACACUUUGCCACAGUGCGGCACGGGGCCUCUUACACAGAGCAGUGGACAGAUGGCUAUGCUUUCCAGAAUCUCAUCAAGCAACAGGAGAGGAUAAAUUCCCAAAGGGAGGAGAUAGAAAGACAACGGAAAAUGUUAGCCAAGCGGAAACCACCUGCCAUGGGCCAGGCCCCUCUAGCAAGCAAUGAGCAGAAGCAGCGCAAGAACAAGACCAAUGGAGCAGAGAAUGAGACGUUAACGCUAGCAGAAUAUCAUGAACAGGAGGAAAUCUUCAAACUCCGGCUAGGUCAUCUUAAAAAGGAAGAAGCAGAGAUCCAGGCAGAACUGGAGCGACUAGAGAGGGUUAGAAAUUUACAUAUCAGGGAAUUGAAAAGGAUACAUAAUGAAGAUAACUCGCAAUUUAAAGACCAUCCAACACUAAACGACAGAUACUUGUUGCUACAUCUCCUAGGUAGAGGAGGCUUUAGUGAGGUAUAUAAGGCAUUUGAUUUAACAGAACAAAGAUACGUAGCAGUAAAAAUUCACCAGUUGAAUAAAAACUGGAGGGAUGAGAAGAAAGAGAACUACCACAAACAUGCAUGUAGAGAGUACAGAAUCCAUAAGGAGCUAGAUCAUCCUCGCAUAGUUAAGCUGUAUGACUACUUCUCGUUGGACACUGACUCGUUUUGUACAGUGCUAGAAUACUGUGAAGGGAAUGAUCUGGACUUCUACCUUAAACAGCACAAAUUAAUGACUGAGAAAGAAGCCCGGUCUAUAAUCAUGCAGAUUGUGAAUGCAUUAAAAUAUUUAAAUGAAAUCAAGCCACCCAUUAUUCACUACGAUCUCAAACCAGGUAACAUCCUCUUGGUGAAUGGUACUGCAUGUGGUGAAAUUAAGAUCACUGACUUUGGCCUCUCCAAGAUCAUGGAUGAUGACAGCUACAACUCUGUUGAUGGCAUGGAACUGACAUCGCAAGGGGCUGGCACUUACUGGUAUUUGCCACCUGAGUGUUUUGUAGUUGGAAAAGAGCCUCCAAAGAUUUCAAAUAAAGUUGACGUCUGGUCUGUGGGAGUAAUCUUCUACCAGUGCCUCUAUGGCAGAAAGCCUUUUGGACACAACCAGUCACAACAAGACAUUCUGCAGGAGAACACAAUCCUUAAAGCUACAGAGGUGCAGUUUCCUCCAAAGCCAGUGGUCACACCAGAAGCAAAGGCAUUUAUUAGGCGCUGCUUGGCGUACCGAAAGGAGGAUCGGAUAGAUGUUCAGCAGUUAGCAUGUGACCCCUACUUGCUUCCUCAUAUCCGCAAAUCUGUAUCGACGAGCAGUCCAGCAGGGGCUGCUAUUGCCUCGACCUCGGGAUCCUCUAAUAACAGCUCUUCAAACUGAGCAGGAACAAUAGACCUAAAUAAAUACCCGGAACAGCAGAAAGCAGCGAAGAGUGAGAGACGUUUUGAGAAGUGGUCUUGGGGAUUGGCAAGGAAUGCAAAAAAUGGCCUCAAGAAACCGGUGUCAGGUGCUUUGUUUUUCUCUUGCGUUCCUGUCCCAUCCAUAGAGCAAGGCAUCGUCGAUUCUCAGCAAGGAUCUGUGGCAGCUUAAGCCAAGCUAAGUGGCCAAGGAAGAGGUGAUUGGUUAGUCUCGUGCUGAGCCACUGCAAAGGCACCAACCGCUCUGGGCGGCAGAGGGAAAAGACUGUUCCACUUACUGUGAACUUCCAGACACCACGGGCCCGGCGUGUGGAUCCAUGACGCAGGGUGCACACGCUUUGUGAAGAAUUGCGGACUUUGGGGCAGGGUUGGGAAAGAAGCUGGACUUAGUCCACUGUCAAUAUUUAAAAAUACGUUCUUUGCUUUUAAACGCAGUUUAGGCUAUGUCUCUUUGGAGGGAAGGGGAAGAAACCACAGAGCUCAAUGCCGUGAGAUUCCACUCGGGGAUUGGCAUAGGACUCUGUGCCCUUUGCAAGGGAGCCAAGCAUCCUGCCUGUUGACAGCACUAGCACUAGCGUGUUAUCCCAAAUAAUUUCAAUUUUUUAAUGUAACAGUUUUAUUUUUUCUGGUUAUAAGGUGAACUAACUAGCAGGUCAAUGUGGCAGCCACUCCCCCCCCCCUUUCUUUAGUCUAGCCUUGUAUUGUGGGAGGCAGGAGUGAAACAGAAGUACAGAGAUUACAUUGCAACUGUGAGCACAGAUUUCUCUCCCUCUGCGAAGAAAAGAAAAGCUGCUUACUGGCAGGCACUUGACGGUUAUCCCCUUUCAGAAUAAAUCUAAGUGUUUCUCUUUAAGAAAAAAUAGGUUGGCUUUCCUCAUUUGAUUCUGACCCAUUCACUUGGGGUCUCUCUUGGAUUAUGGUGGUUUUAAACACACACACACACGACUCUGGCAAAACCGUCAAAGCACCUUUUCUCUCCCUUUUUUCAUAAAGAUUUGUUUUCCAUACUAUUUCUGAUACAUCAGCUCCAUUAACAUCCCACAAAAAACUCAGCAUCAAGAACAGGCAGACUUUCUGAUCCUUAACAUUUGUAUUUCAGUUCCUUCGUAUGUUUUAGGGUGUGCUCCAUACCAGUCCUGGUCCAUGACCAACACUACCCCUUAAGAGAAACAUUAAAACCAAAGAAUAAUCCAGUUGCUUGGAACUUGUGUGGCAGAAUGCUGUUCCUGCAUGUGGCCAAAAUGUUUGCUAAACAUACGCAAACACUGUAUAUCAGGUACUCUGGCCAAGGUUUCAGUUUUGUAUCCACAACUGAUGUUUCUCAAUCCUCCCUCCUUAACUUGCUACAGGCAGCAACACAAGUGGAAGCAUCAGGGACAAGGUGAGGGGGACCAAGCCAUAUUGAGAGGUAGGGCAACCAGAAGGGAGCAGAGUGGGGAAAUAGAGCCAUUGGGUGCUCUUCUGCAGUUAGAUGGGUAGGAUCUGGAUACUUAGGUGUGCAUAUCCUCCCUCUCCUCCCAGUGGCUCAGACACUAGAUAAUGUAUCUUUUGGCCAGUAGGUGACCUCUGUUUAAAUGGCAUUAAGUCCUGCAUGGAAGCAAAGAAACCUCAUAUGUUAUGAUCACAACUUAAGGCUCUAUAGAGGGGUUCAUUAUGCCACUCAAAACAAAUGGCAUGAGAUGGAGACCCUCUUCUAGGCAGAAAGCCAGCAAAAUUUGAUUUGGUCCAUAGGCAUAUCACUGGGAUCUCCAAAUUCAUCUUGACUUCUGGUAAAACUUACUCUUUUUCCUACCCUGCCUUCAUGUUUGACUCCUGAGGGUGUAUGAAAGAAAAUGUGCACCCAGUCACUUUCUGUUUUCCAACCCUCCUCUCUUGUCUUAGAAGAGAACUAGCACUUGUGUGUGUUCCUUUUGAGCCUUGUGUUUUAUCCCAUGGUUGUGACUUUUCCCAUCACUUAUGGCUCCAAGCUUCUUUUAAAAAACACGCAACACACAGAGGCAGGUGAUGUAACUGCCAAGGUAGAAUGCAACUGCUGUCUGAUUUGUUGGGGGCAAUAAAUGUGGACCCUUAAUCUCAGCCAUUUGGGGGCAGGGGCACAUUUUAUUUUGCUGCAGUUAGAAGUCAAGAUGUGAAAUGCUGAAUACUCAGGCCUGACAUCAUAGCCAUUGUUUUCCUUCCUUAAAAAUUAACCCAAAGCAAGUUUUCACCUUAAACAGGUUAAAAUCUGCAUCUGUCAGUUUGUCAUCUGGUUAAUGUUUAUCAUCCAUAAAGAACACUAUCCCAAAGGAGACAUUCUUAAUUUUUUUAAAUCUCAGCCUGGUUUAAGGCCAUAUAGUGUUGGAGUUUUUCCCCCAUGGAUAGGAACUGUUGCAUAUUUCAGUUCCUGCUAGUUGGUGCUUGGGUGGGACACCUUAAGCCAGCCUCUUACCUUUUCAUGACAUUCAUUGUUGAAACAGGUUAGAUAACUUGGGAUGAGAAAUGCAAACUGUGACUGUCCUUGUCUUUUCCUUUUUUAAAAAAGCUGUUGCUGAAAUUGGUUUUAUUUCAAGUAACUAAACCUUUUUAUUGCCACACCAUUCAUUUUACUGAAAGAAAACAGGAAACAUGUAUGGAUUCGUAACUUGAAACUAGGCCUGUUUUGGCUUUACCCAACAGAUGAAAAUAUGGAUAUUAAACAAGUUUUAAGAAACGGA